GCUGCGUCACCCGACCGACGUAAACAAGCGCCACGGUGCGGCUCCCCUCGGGUUUGGUCCUCCGGGGAUCGGCUCCGGAGGCGGCGGCGGCCGCGGCUGGGAGGAUUCCCCUGGACGCCCCCGUCCAAUAGGCGCCGAGCGAGAUUCCCCGAGGGAUAGACGGCACCCAUCUGGGGAUGACACCUGGCGGAUGACACCUGGCCUGACCCGCCAGCCGCUCGGAAGAGGGGGGAUCCGGAGAUAUCCGGAUUCACUCCAGGAGCGACAGGGGAGCAUAAGGGAUUGGUCGGAAGCCAAGAGAGGCGGGGAAGGGAGGAGGAGAGACGGGGGGAACUAUCCCUAAGCAUCCCGCUUCUGGCAGGAGAUCCAGCCGAUUCGAGAUCUGAAGCUUGGGAGCGAAGCCGAGAAGGGCGAGGCGCAAUCCCGUCUCCGAGGCGCGUCCUCAGUCCCGCCGCCAGGAUGAUCUCCGACCCAGAGAGGUCCCAAGCGCCUCCCGGAACGGCGAGCUCGACCCGUGGCUGAGUUAGGAGGGCGCUCGUUAAGCUGCUGACUCCCGAGGAGACGCUCCAGAUGCGUGUCGACUGCCGCUCUUUCGAACUGGGAGAGGACAGCCUCCGCCGCGCUACCCCUCAGAAACCCGGAGGAGAAGGAGCAUAGUUCCGACGACCGAACCACCCUGGACAGCGGAAGCAGGUCUCCAGGACCAUGGCAGGCGGGGACAUUGUCCACUGAGCCAGCUGACCCACUUGAUCCCACUGUGACAGCUCAGAGACGGUUGCAGGUCUAGUUCCCAGCACUAGUUGCCAACUGGGAUCCUGGCGGUUCCCACGCCCUCCAGCUGUGGGGCAGCCUUGGUGCCCAGAGCAGGGGUGACACUGUCCAGAGAUGCCCUGGGGAGUCGUUGGUUUCCUGCUGGUGCUCCUUCAAGGGUCGUGGACUCUGCAGAGAGCAGAAUUAUCUGAAUGUUUUAUGGUGAAUGGAGCUGAUUAUCGGGGACUGCAGAACAGAACUGCGCCUGGAACCGCUGGGCGACCCUGCCUCUACUGGAACCAGACGCGAGAACAUGCCUACAACACGGCCAAAUAUCCCAACGGCGAGUGGGGACUGGGCAGUCACAAUUACUGUCGGAACCCAGACGGUGAUGUGCAGCCCUGGUGCUACAUCUCAGAGAACGAGGAAGGGAUCUACUGGAAGUACUGUGACAUCCCAACCUGCCACAUGCCUGGCUAUGUGGGUUGCUUCCUGGACUCUGGAACUCCCCCAGCACUAAGUGGGAGCAGUGGCACCUCCACCAAGCUCACAGUGCAAGUUUGCCUCAGUUUCUGCCGCAAGCGGGGCUAUAAGUUUGCUGGAGUAGAAGCUGGUUAUGCCUGUUUCUGUGGUCAUGAAGGGGAUGUCCGGCACAGCCAGCAAGUGAGUGCUGUGGAAUGUGAUCAAGUCUGCUUUGGCAAGUCCAGUGAACUGUGUGGCGGAGAUGGUCGGAUUGGCAUAUACAAUGUCUCCAUGGGGGCUUGUCAGGGGAACUUCAGUGAUCUCUCUGGCGUGAUCUACUCUCCGCAGUUCCCAGAUGACUACGAAGCCAACAGCAACUGCAGCUGGGUCCUUUACCCUGCAGGUUGUGAUUCUGUAGAGCUCAGCUUCCGGAUCUUUGAUGUGCAUGAUCCAAACGACCGCCUGGAGGUGCGGGAUGGACACAGUGACCUCUUACUGGCCCAGUUUGAUGGGCGCCGAAGGCCAGGAGCACCUCUGCUCUUCCCCACGGACUACCUUUUCCUCUCCUUCCAAUCAGACCAGUUUCUGCAAGCCCAAGGCUUUGCCAUCUUGUAUCGAGGAGUGAAAGCUUCCUCGGUCAACUUACGGACCCUUCCAGGUGAUGGAUCCCGUCUGGUCCCAACCUCUUCUGAUUGGCUGAACUCCACCUGGACCUACAGUUCCAAUGACUCUGCCAUUGGGGUAGGAGCUUGGGUGAUGUAUACGGCCACAGGGACCUUCAUCUUAGCCAUCAUCCUUGUCUCGUAUCAUUUGCGCAAGAGGACCUGCCUUUUUGUGCAAAAGAAGACGGGGAAUUCUUUAGUCCCAUUCUCCUCCAAAGGGCCACGGAACCGCUGCCAGUGUCUCGGGGGUGAGGCAUGGGCUGUAGCCUACCGACAUACCCGUGUGGUGAUCUGCACCACACGUGGGGCCCCCCAUCACCGUCCUCUGCACAAUGGGGGUGGAGUUGCUGGAGGAGAUGAUGAGACGUCCUCCGAUUGCUCGUGCCUGUGCCACAGCUAUGAGAACCUUUCUUCCACCAACCAGUCCUCUCUCAAAUCUCUCAUCUCCACCAUCUGAGGAGCUCAGACCCUGCAGUUUGUGACUUUUACUGCCAGACAAUUAAGGCGGACCUUCCUUGGUUCUUUAGGGACAAAAAGACUGGGGCCUUACAGUGUUUAGCCACUCAAGAUGGGAGGCAGUGGCUCUAUGACAUAGUGGAAGUCCAAGCUUUGAGGCUGAGAACCACAUUCCAAAAAACCACAGGUCACUUGGUAGCAAGGUGCAUGAUGGUAUUCCCUACAUCACAGCUUUCUUGAGGCAGGAAAAGCCUGAGGGAGUGGAGAUCUUCUUAUCAUGUCUCCUUGGGGAAGACACACAGGCCUAAUUUAAUGUUAAAGCAGUCUUUAUGGCACUGGAAUUUUGUAAACAGGUCCUGUUGGACAAAGAGCACUGGUAGAAAUCCCCAUCAUAGCAGGAACUGGUGCCCCAUGGCAUUAUGGGAAAAUGUAGGCCUGUGUGAUAAGAUACCUGUUCUUUAUAAUUGAUGGAAGGGGGGAAACUUGGGAAAGGAUGGAGGCCUGGGAAUAGUAAUCAUGGUGGCUACAUCUCCAGAAAGGCAGGAGAUGGGGGUCAAAAGCUUGAUUCCACAUGGAGGGCAAUGAAUUUUUGGACACUGACUAGGGAAAACGGUUCUCAUGUGCUGGAUAUAUCACUGGGGAGGCAUUUAGCUGCAAACAGAGCCUGAAGACCUUGGGACACUUGGAAACAUUAUUCACUUGGCUUCAGGGAAUUUUGUAGAUAUACCAAAGAAUGAGGAAAAGGAAAACUAGCUGUCCUGUGUUCCAAGGUACAGUAUGGGUUUUGGAACUCUAAGCCUUCAUUAAAUUAUUUUCAUA